UUUUCCCUAUCCGCGAAUACGGUUAGUUUUAUUUCCCAGUGCGACGGAAACAAAACCGGUUGCAGACUGUACCGACACCACAUUUUGUUUUAAUUAAUGUUUUAUAAAGUAAUCAAUUUAGUGUACCUUUUCCCGUCAUACAGCCACCAUGAUAAGUUACAUUUUAAUUUUGUUGUGUUUUACCAGUGUCACGUGUAAGAAAAAACAUUACAGGAGUAGUAGUAAAGUAAAUGAAAAUUAUAAAAUAUCAAUGGUGUCGUCGGAACAGUACCCCGACAAGCCAGCCAUCUUCUCGCACGCGGAGAGCCCCGUGUGGGAUCCGAAGACCAACUCACUGUUGUUCGUCGACGUCCAUCAACAAAACGUGCAUCGUCUACAUUACUCCACGGGGAAAAUCGAAACGAAACAUAUCAAUUACGGGCAAGUGAACGUGGUGGCGCUAGUAGCGGGCAGCUCUCGCUUGCUGGUGGCUGUGCGCUCCUCGCUGUAUCUGCUGGACUGGGACGUGAUGGGAGACAAAGCGCUGCGGUUGCUGGUCACCGUGGACCAGGGCCUGCCUGAUAACGUCAUUAACGAGGGCAAGGCAGACACUGAAGGACGCUUCUGGGCUGGAACCAAAGGCCCCCAGUUGGACGACUACGUGUACCCGGAUAAGGCCACACUAUACAGCUUCGAGCAGGCAUCCAUGAGUCAACCUCGAGUUCAACUCCGGCCCGUUUCCAUCUCCAACGGCUUGACUUGGGCACUCAACGACUCCAUACUCUACUACAUCGACUCUCAUACCAAGAAGAUUGUGUCCUUCGAGUACGACCCACAGAAGGGGGAGAUAAGCGCAGGUAGACAGCGCCUCAUACUGGACAUUGAGGAGCACGGCUACGAGGGCGAGCCCAUCCCUGAUGGCAUGACCAUUGACGACCAGGGAGACUUAUGGGUGGCCAUCAUGUUCGCAGGAACAAUCUUGCACAUAGACCCUAACAAGCGCACGGUGAUCUACGCGUACAAGUUACCAGUGUCCCGCACCACCUCCCUGCAGUGGGGGGGACCCAACUUGGACGAGCUGUUUAUCACCACCGGGAAAAGCCUCACCGCCCCCAAUGAACCCUUUGCCGGCGCCAUCUUUACCAUCCGCGGCACCGGCCGACGCGGGUUGUCACCCAAUUAUUUCAAAUUCCACGAUGCUAAUGAAUAUUAAAAUAUUACAUAUCUAUAAUGCUGUUUAAGAGUCUGUUUCACCACUUUCUGAACUGCUAGAACUGCUAGAUAAAUCUGCUUGAUGUGAUUGGCCAACGCUUGUUAAAAAACAAUUUUAACGCUAAUAGAUAGCGUUAAAAUUGUAUGAUAUGUUAUAUUACGGCUAUCUGAUACUUUGUCAGCAAACGGUGAACAGGCUCUUAAGCUUGUAUCUUCAUCUUCAUCUCAAGCCUCGAGAAGUGCACGGCUGGACGUAGGACAAAGAUUGUAAAAAUCAUUUUGUAAAAAUAAACUUAAAUACCUACUUAUAUUAAAACUUGUUUUUAUACCGCAGUUU